GCGAAGUCGUUGCGGGAGAAUUACGGAAGGAUCGAGAUUUCGCGUCGUUAUCGCGUCUUCGGACGCGGCAUUUCGGCGGGCGUUUCGUCUAUCGCGUCGUCGCGAACGAUCUGUCGCUUCGAUCUCGGCUCCCGUCAAGUGACGUGCCUAUUGCGAUCUAUUUGAUCCCGCUUCCCUACGGACCUAGAGCAGAUGCGAAUGCCUACCAGAGCUGCUCCGAGGCCACCUAACAAUCCUGUGGCGCAGAGGAACGCUGUCUGGAGCAAGAACUCUGAUCCGUUUGGUCCAACCUUAUUUGCUCAGCCCGUGCAGAAGAAAAAGCCACCGCCUCGCCCACCGCCACCAAAGUUUCGCUCUAAUCGAGUGCAGUAUCGACAAGAAGAGAAACCAGGGAGACCUACCAGACCAACGGAUCUUUUAACGAAUCUCUUUGGGCGUAGUAAACCUACAAAGCAACAAUCUAUUGUGGCAUACUCAAGUAAUGUAUGUCAUCCACCUGGUGCGGUGGAUGCUUCGGUCUCUCUGAUAGAUUUGAGCCCUCCUGGUUCUCCAACGUUCACGACUCGGUCAAACAGCGAUGGAGUUAGCGUCGACAGCUUUGGGAGCGAUGGGAACUCCAAUCCUUCCAAUUUUACAAGUAGCGGGAAUACCUCUCAGAAUGAGAGCGCGUUUGAAGAUGAUUUUGAUUUCUUUGGAGAACUGUCUAAAUCCAAGCCUUUUGUGAAUGAUCCAUGGAAGAUAACAGCAAACCAAGAUCCUUUUGGGCCAUUGGAAAGCAAUAACUUCCACAAUGAUAAUGUGAAACGUGUUGGAGAUACAUGCUUCUUUUCAUUCAACAGUGAGAGCUCGACUAAAACACAAGUGCCUUUUAAUCAGUCAACUAAGACUGUUGUCCAGUCGCGACCAACCAUAAUACGCGCCAAGCCUCCGAAACCAACUGCCAAACCUGUUCUGAAAACUUCUUCCAUAUCGUCAUAUGGUGCAAUCAAUUUUAGUACAGAAAAUUUAACCCUUACGAAGAAUACGGUGCCUUUAAAUAAACCUGUACUAGUAGAUGUAGAUAAGAUAUGGACGAAUGAUUCUAAGGAUGAACCAUCACCUCCAAUGCCGUCUAUUCCACCUCCAGCACCACCUUCGGAAUAUUUAACAGAGUUAGAUGAUGGAAUUACGAUGACUUAUGAGAAACCGUAUGGUAUUGCAUUGUAUGAUUUCUCAGCAAUGCAACCAGGUGAUUUACCUUUAAAAGAAGGAGAUUUAGUCCAAUUGAUAAAAGUCGUUAGUGACGAUUGGAUGGAAGGAUGUGUAGGAGAUAAUCAAGGAAUUUUUCCUAUUAAUUACGUCGAUAUCAAAGUACCAUUGCCUGGAGUAUCAAGGAACGUAGUUAAUGCUCUUUACACUUUCAAUGGUGAAACUUCUACGGAUUUAUCCUUCGAGGAGGGUGCAAAGAUCACAGUGUUGAGCAGGAUAUCGUCCGACUGGCUUUAUGGUCAAUGUGAGGGUAGAGAAGGACAAUUUCCUGCGAACUAUGUUGACAGAGUACCUAGUAACCUGCAAAAUUAUUCGUAAAGAAAUAGUCACUUUAUUGUAUGGUCAAAAAAAAUUGUCUCCCUUUAGAUCAUUUCAUUAAGGUCCUAGAAAAUAAUUGUAAUAGUUGUUGAAUACUUUAACUUCAAACACUUGUCCACCAAAUAAUAUAAGUAAUGUCAACUGAGGAUCUUUACGCUAUAAAUUCAAAGAACUUUUAAUCUUCUUUACAAAAUGUUGUAAUGGGUCUUUUUUUUUAAUAAUUCUUUAAAAAAAAAGUGACCAAUGAAGUUCAACUAUACCACAUUAUGUAUAGUUCUAUGGCGUAGGAAAGUCAUUCAGACAUAAUUUCAUAUUUUUGACAACAUCAUGGCCAGAUGUACGUAUAUUUAUGAGCCGUAACAUUGAAUGAAAUUUGUCUGCAAUGCAUGAAUAUAUCAAUUACAUGAAAGCGUGAUAAUUUAUCAAUUGGAGACUGAUGUCUGUAAUUAGUUUUAAUACAUUUUCAGUAUCAACACGUUUAAUGAAAAUGUAUAAGAAAAUUGUACCUUUUCGUACAUGAAGCAUAAGUUGUUCCAAGUUGAACACGGAUAAAUACUGUAGAUGUUUUAAAAUUUUAACUAUUUGAGGAAAGUGAUUUAAAUGUUACCUUCUUUUUUGUACAAUUUUAUAAAUUAUAGAAAUAAAUUCUCAUGUAAUCACUUCGAUACGAUCACUCCAAAUAGUAAUUGUUUAUAAACAUGGAUCGAUAUUUGUAUUUGAUGUGGAUUAACGCGGCCGAUGUGCAGUAGAGUAUAUACUGUCCAUGCUUUUCAAUUACAAUUUAAUAUAAGUAUCGAUACAAAACAGCGAAUAUUGAUAAAUCAUAUGCACUUUUGAUGUGGUUUUUAAAGAAGAUGUAUAAUUUCUAUUUUUAAGAGUCCUAUUUAUAUGAAAAAUCAGUCCAACGCGUAGGGUACAGUAAUUAUGGUUUUUGUAAAUAUUGUAUAAUUAAUAGUAUUCGACUAGAUGUAGGUUUAAUCGAGUAUUGUGCUUUUUCUCGAACGUUUGAUAAUUGAAUUUGUUAUGAAUAGGAAAUGGGUCAUGUAUCUUUCAUUCGAAAGAUCCGUGAUGGGUGGAAUUGUGACCUGAAAAUGGAAAGUGAAGGAAUAUCGAAAAAGUCAAUAAUUUUAAUCAUCCGAAAAUAUACUCUCUACUUCCAGUAUUAGUAUUCAAUGUCGCAACUAACCUUGGGAAUGACAGCGGGACCAAAUUUUCAAUUUUUGAAAUAUAUUGAGUCUAAAUUGUUCAGUGAAAAAUCAACAUUGUAUAAAUUACGCACGAAGUUGAUACUGGAUUUCAAGUGUCUCCUAGGAAUGUACAAUGUGAUAUUUUGCUGCUUUAAUAUGUACAAUUUACAAAACAAAUAAACUCUUACCAAUAA